GCCGCCUCCCCCGCUCCGCCCGCGGGCUCUGCCUUUAGCUCUUCGCAGGCUCUUAGUUCCACUCUCCUUGCAGCUGCUUAAUCGCUCCUUUUAGCGCUUCAGAACCGCGUGUCCUCCGUGUUGCAUGAAAAGAGAACAUUCCUUGCUUAAACUGCGCCUGGGAUACAGCCGCGCGCAGCUGUGUUGCCGCAGAGCUUGGAUUCGUGCGUGCAGAUCACAUUCCUUCUUUACAGCUUCUUCUUCUUUUGAAAUUGCUUCCAGCAGCGCGGAGCUGUGUUACCGUAGAAUCUGGGUUCGUGCAGUUGUCGCUUGAAAGCGUCGACUCGGGCUUGAAAAGUGUCCCUUUAGUGCGUGAAGGUUGUCCGUGAAGCCUGCGAAAAGCGCGGUCCGGGUCUCGCUGUCUCAAAGGUCUUUGCCUCUGAUAAGAGCAGCCCCAGAUCCCAUCAGCCUAAAAGCGAGCUCUGUGUGUCAGUAAGAUAGUUGUUACGGCUACUUUUUAAAAAAAAAAACAACCAAAAACCUGGUGCUGCUCGAUUGUCGAUACUCAAUUUCCUUGGUACCACUUUCUGUGUCAAAUAUUGAUAACAUGUCUAGAUACCAAUAUCCUGAGUAUACCAAAUACUAAUACAUAACUGAAACACAGUAAGUUGUGUCUCAACGUGAGGAAGAACUUUACAUUGAGAUGGCAGAGCACUGGAACAGACUGCCCAGGGAGGUCGUGGAAUCUCUGGCAACACUCAAAGCCCACCUGGACAUGUUCCUGUGUCACCUGCUCCAGGUCACCCUGGCUUGGUGGUGGGGUUCGACUGGAUGAUCUCCAGAGGUCCCUUCCAACCCUGACAAUUCUAUGAAUCUGUGGUACUGAUGUGCUGAGCCUUCACGUGCUCUGCUCUUUUCACAACUUUUUUCUUUUCGUGCUUUAAUGUUGUGGCAGCUGCUGGAAUUCUUUUGUUCACAGAAUCAUUGAGAAUUCCGUAAUUGAUACUGAAUUGUCAUUAGAGGGGUUAUAUGUGAACCUACGCAUUUAGGCAGUAUGCAUAAUAUGAGUACUUUUAUACAGCCAGUGAGGAUUUAGGUGCUGCAGGCCAACCUGAUGUUAUGCCUCUGAGAGCCAAAGGGGAAGGUGGCUUUUUGUCCUUUUUUUGUCCAGGGUAUUUGUGCUUCAGGGACAGGAGUGUUCAAGAGUUUGGAUUUUGGUUUUAUGUUUUUAUAGUUCAGGUUGAGAAAUAGGAGGAAGAAUAGAAAAAGAAGAGAAAAAUGAAGCAGUUACAUACAUUAGGGCCAGUACCAGCCUUCUCAAAAGUAGGGUCAAGCUUUUCCUAUGUGGUGUCUAAAGACAAACUUGAAUUCUUCAGCUAGAGAGGAGUAAAUGUAUCUUUUUUACUUAAAAUAGCUGCAGAGCACUGCCAAUAGAAAAGAAUGUCAGCUCUGCUUUUCUGAUACUGGCUGCAUGGCUGUAAGACUGGCAGGCUGAAGGCACAGCUCAAUCAGUCAAAAUGUUUACUAAACCAGUUGUUUUAGUAAUACAUGGUUAGUAUGGAAUUCAAAAAUGAGAUCCUAGAGGGAGUUUUGGAAACAAGAAGUGCAGCAGUUGAUCUUUCAUACUCCCAAAUAAAUACCUCUGUUUGCACAAAUAUGCAGUAUUUCAGCAGCAGUUCUGUCUGUCCCAUAAGGCUGAUGUAGGGGACCAUUGCAGUAUGACUUGAACAGCACAUUUAAGAAGAGAUUCAACUUGCACUUUUAGUGGUUAAUUUCAUUUUGCUAAGAAGUAGAACUGAUGGAAAAUGUCUGCACUUCAGUAUCUUGAUAAUAUAAACAGUUGACCUUUUCAGUCUGAGUAGUUUUGUGAUUGCCAAUACUGUUUUGUGAAACCAAGGUGCUUCCAGUGUUGUGCUCUGCUGUUUGUGUCUUUAUAUAAAAAUCUCAAAUAUUUAAAGCAUUUGGAUUUAUGGUUUCUGCUGGUGACGCUUAGCACCAUUUACUGUUUGAAAACAUAUUUCAGAAUGAAAAUGCAUUUAGAUUUUUGCCUUUUCAGUGUCACAACAAUUUUGCAGUGAAAAAAGGAAAGAUUGAGGAAAUAAACUCUACAGCUAUUAAUGGUAAUUCGGCUGGGGGCCACCCCUGUCAGCCUGGGCUUGCUCUCUAUCCAGGUUUAUGCUGCUUCUUCAGAGAAGACUUCCAAAAAAGAGUUGCUGAAAAUUGAGGAGCUGUCACUGUACUCCUCCCCAGCUCGUGAGACUAAAUAUGUGGAGAAUCCCAAAACGGAGUUGGAAGAGGGAGUUUCCCGUUUACGGCAUGUUAUGGAGCCAUAUACAGCCUGGUGUCAGGAUCUUUAUGCCAAAGCUAUGCCCAAAUUAGAAAAAGCUGUUGAGCAUGGUAGAGAGGGCUAUGAAUUUCUCCAAAAACCCCCUGCUGGAUUUUAUCCAAGACUUGGUGUGAUAAGUUUUGCUGGAAUUAUUGGAUUGUUUCUUGCUAGAGGAUCAAAAAUAAAGAAGUUAGUGUAUCCUGCAGCUCUCAUGGGUAUCGGUACCUCCCUGUAUUACCCUCAGCAAGCAGUUGCUAUUGCGAAGGUUGCUGGCACACAGCUGUAUGACUGGAGUCUUCAAGGAUAUAUUGCUGUAGAAUCUCUUUGGAAGGAUAAUCCUAAAAAGAAGAAAUCUGGGGAAAAAGGUGAUAAGGGUGAUGCAGUGGGUGACAAGCCCCUGGAAGUCCAUGCUGCUUCAAAUAAAGAGCAAACUCAGAAGUAAAAUGCUACAUCACCUGGCAUCAAACAGGUGAAUAAAAAUAUAGAUAUGAGCAACAAUUUCCCAAGAAAAAGAUGAAAACCAUCUGAAUCCAUUUUGAAUGUUACUAAUCUGCCUUCUGCCUCAGGACAGUCUGAUGAUCUGCUGCUCAGGCUUCUGGUAUGGCUUCUGUGAAAGGACACUACGUGUUUUGGGUCAGUCUUGAGACUUCAUCCUCUCUUCUGUAGUGGGACUCAAGUCUGCCCAUGCUUGUCCCAUUGCAGGAUCAACAUUGCAAGUAGCAAAAUCCCUCAGUCUCUUUAUUAUUUAUAUAUAAAAUAAAAUUCCAGUUACAGAAAAUUGUC